AGGAGGGGGGGUAUUAUGUCAGUCGGGCUCGGAGGGUGUGUCUUUUUUUUUUUUUUUUCUUUCCUUUCCUCUCUCUCUCCCCCCCCCCUCCCCAGCUCUGUAUUUAUUCAUUAUGAGUCACAUCCCGGAGACCUCCCCGUUCUGGGCACGGAGGGCGGGCGGCGGAGCCUCUCCCGGUGCCGCCGGCCCGGCCCCCGCUGCCUCCGGUCGCCCCUCGGCGGUUGGCGGCGGUUGCUCGGGGCGGGCGGCUCCGCGCCUCACGGGCGGCCGCCGCCUCCCCGCCGCCAUCAGCGGCCCCCUGACGGGGCUGCCGGGGGGGCUCCGAGCCCCAUCUCCUCCUCCCGGGAGCCCUCCCGGUGUGCCGCAGCCCUAAAAAGCCGGAGCAGGGAGCUGCCCGGGCACUAUCGGGGGGCGGUGUUUCAAAAUGGCAAUCGGUGCCUCUCGGGGGCUCGGCGAUUCCCACAUCCUGCAGCGAGAUGCUGGAGGAGGCUCCGUUGCCCAUACCGCUCGGCUCCAGAUAAAAGGAAAGCGUUAGAAGAGACCAAAGCCUACACAACUCAAUCUCUAGCCAGUGUUGCUUAUCAGAUCAAUGCACUGGCCAACAAUGUAUUACAACUGCUGGACAUCCAGGCAUCCCAGCUACGGAGGAUGGAGUCCUCAAUCAACCAUAUCUCCCAGACUGUGGACAUCCAUAAAGAAAAGGUCGCUCGCAGAGAGAUAGGCAUUUUGACGACCAAUAAGAACACAUCGAGAACUCACAAAAUUAUAGCGCCAGCGAACAUGGAGCGUCCUGUAAGGUAUAUUCGAAAACCUAUAGACUACACGGUGCUGGAUGAUGUUGGCCAUGGCGUAAAGUGGCUAAAAGCCAAGCAUGGAAAUAACCAGCCUGCAAGAACUGGCACCUUGUCAAGAACAAAUCCGCCUACACAAAAACCACCAAGUCCUCCCAUGUCAGGCCGGGGAACUCUGGGACGAAAUACUCCUUACAAAACCCUGGAGCCAGUCAAACCGCCAACAGUUCCUAAUGAUUACAUGACCAGUCCUGCCAGACUGGGCAGCCAGCACAGCCCGGGAAGGACAGCUUCCUUGAACCAGAGACCAAGAACACACAGCGGUAGUAGUGGAGGAAGUGGCAGUCGAGAGAACAGUGGAAGCAGCAGUAUUGGCAUUCCCAUUGCCGUGCCUACACCUUCACCGCCAACCAUUGGACCAGCACACAUUUCUGUUCCUCCUCCUCUUGGAGCCCCGCCAGCACCACCACUGCCACCACCUCUCCCGAUGGGCAGUCUGAUAGCUGCUCCGGGUUCAGCUCCUGGUUCCCAGUAUGGCACAAUGACCAGGCAAAUCUCGCGACACAACUCUACCACUUCUUCAGCAUCUUCUGGUGGAUACAGACGGAAUCCUUCUGUGACUGCCCCAUUUUCUGCUCAACCUCAUGUUAAUGGCGGGCCUCUUUAUUCUCAAAAUUCAAUUUCUAUUGCUCCACCCCCUCCCCCUAUGCCUCAGUUGACUCCACAGAUACCUCUCACAGGCUUCGUGGCCAGGGUGCAGGAAAACAUUGCUGAUAGCCCGACUCCUCCCCCCCCACCGCCCCCCGACGAGAUGCCGAUGUUCGAUGACUCUCCUCCUCCUCCGCCCCCACCCCCUGUGGAUUACGAGGACGAGGAGGCUGCUGUUGUGCAGUACAGCGAUCCCUACGCGGAUGGAGAUCCUGCCUGGGCGCCUAAAAACUAUAUAGAGAAAGUUGUUGCUAUAUAUGACUAUACAAAGGACAAAGACGAUGAGCUGUCGUUUAUGGAGGGUGCAAUCAUUUAUGUGAUAAAGAAGAACGAUGACGGCUGGUAUGAAGGAGUUUGCAAUCGAGUAACUGGCUUGUUUCCUGGGAAUUACGUCGAAUCAAUCAUGCACUAUGCCGAUUAAAAUCCUUUGCUUUUCAAAGUUGGGUCUUGUAUUCAGUCAUACCAUGAUUAUUUACAAGGGGUAACUAAAAGCUAACAGAAUUGUCUUAAUAUACUUUCAGAAAAUGUGCCCAUUUCUUCAGGCCAUACUGUUUUAAUGGUAUGAUUGAAUGUCCAUCUCUCUAAGUCUCUGGAGACGGUAUGUCUUAACCUGAUGACAAUUUGUAAAACAAGCAACUGUCUAUAACUGGUUAUACUUAUUUACUUAUGCAUUGUUAAUUUUAUGACCAGCCUAAAUAUUCUGGGGAAGUAGGGUAUAAUAUUUAAUGAACCAUGAUUCAGAUUGUGCCAUUACAUUUUUCAGUACAGCAUGGUAACUAACACUACGUUAGACUAACAUAUUAAAAUCUGGAUGAGAAGUUUAAUGUUAGUGCUGGUCAUAUUACUUUUUGUUUAGACUCUUUGCUCAUUCUUGAACUAUAUUUGUUUAAAGCAUGCAUACAAACUUAUGUAUUGAAAUAUACUUUUUUAAAAAUCCAAGAUGCUUCCAAUUGUUGUAAUCUUUACCUGGAGUAUUCUCACUAAAGUCUAUUAUAAUGAGUUGUUUGGGUCUAAGGUGUCCAUGUGAAUCAAAAAAUGGGUGGUCUUAUGUAUGUGUAAUUUGUACCCAAGUUUUUUUAAUAAGUAAAUUUACAUUAUGACUUUUUCCAUUCAUAAAUAUAUAAGUGAACCAAAGGUCUUGUCCAUUACUUUGUUGGUUGGCUUGGCAAAGAAGUUUGGAAUGCUAACGUAGCAAAACCAUGGCUGUGUUAUCCCAGGCAAUGUACUAAAAAGCAAAUGUUUGUAACAUGACUUUAUCACUGACAGAGGGCAAAUAAAUUAGAUAUGAAACCUGAA